GCAAAAAUGUCCUAAACCAUAAACCCUAUCAGAGACGGGUUUUGGAGAAGGAAUCUCUGCAAAUAUUGUUGAUGAAACGCCGGAAGCUGAUCGGAUUCUGAUCGGAGACAGAUUUCUCAGUUUCCCCAUUUUCGUGGAGCUCGAAUUUGUGAUGAAGAAGCUCCCACCCAUCCUGAGAAAGCUUCAAACCCCUAAAUCAUCUCCCCCGCCGCCAUUGCCCGACGCAAUUUUGCCCCCUUCUCCUCGAACCCUUCUCGCUCCUCUUCCUAGUUUCGCUCUCUCCGCUCCCCACCAUUACGCUCAACUCCUCCAUUUCCUGAAGACCCACCUCACGCUUCCCUUCACCCCGAACAAUCUCCUCCAUUUCCUCAAAUCCAAGCUUCAUUUUCAUCCCAAAUUCACCCACUACGAUUUCCAUAUAUUCAAUUGGGCUUCAUCCAUUGAUUCCUUCCGCCAUGAUCACUCUACCUUUGCCUGGAUGGCCAGAACUCUUGCGGCCACGGAUCGUUUCGCUGAGCUCAAGUCGCUUCUUCAGUUCUUAGCUUCCUCUCCUUGCCCCUGCUCUGAUGGUAUUUUCUCUUGCCCUCAAACGGAAUCCAUUUUUCAAUUUGCCAUUACUGCCUAUUGUAGAGCUGCGAAAUUUGACGAGGCUGUUUUUGCUUUUGAUUCCAUGAAAAAAUUGAUUGAUGGGAAGCCUAGUGUUGUGAUAUAUAAUAUUUUGAUUAAUGGGUUUGUGAAAUCUGGUAGAUUUAACAAGGCUUUGGGGUUUUAUGAUAGGAUGCUUAGUGAUCGGGUUAAGCCUGAUUUGUACACUUUUAACAUUUUGAUUAGUGGGUAUUGUCGCAAUUCACAAUUUGCACUGGCUUUAGAGUUAUUUAAGGAGAUGAGGGAAAUGGGUUGUUGCCCAAAUGUGGUGAGUUUCAAUACUCUGAUUAAAGGGUUCUUCAGGGAAAGAAAGUUUGAUGAUGGGAUUGCCAUGGCUUAUGAAAUGAUUGAACUGGGAUGCAAAUUCUCAAGUGUUACUUGUGAAAUUGUAAUGGAUGGGCUGUGUAGAGAAGGCAGGGUUCAUGAAGCAUGUGAAAUUUUGAUCGAUUUUUCGAGGAAGCGAGUUUUGCCGAAGGAUUAUGAUUACUUUGGAGUCAUUGAGAAGCUUUGUGGGAAAGGGAAUGCAGGGAAAGCCAUGGAAGUUGUGGAGGAGCUUUGGAGGGAAGGAAGUGUUCCCAGCUUCAUUGCUUCCACCACUUUGAUUGAUGGACUGAGGAAAGAAGGAAGAGUGAAUGAUGCAAUGAAUAUAACAGAGAGGAUCCUUAAAGAAGCAAUGGUUCCUGAUAGUGUGACUUUGAACUCUCUUCUCCAAGAGCUUUGCAAUGUGAGGAAAACAGUGGAAGCUAAUAGGUUGAGGUUAUUGGCUUCAAGCAAGGGAUUUGAACCAGACAGCAAAACGUACUACACCUUGAUUUCUGGUUACACCAUGGAAGGCAACAAGGUGGAAGGGCAAAGGGUUGUGGAUGAGAUGUUGGAUAAGGAGCUUAUACCUGAUAUUGCAACGUAUAAUAGAUUAAUGGAUCGGUUGUCGAAUGCGUAUGAGAAAAGAUCUAUACCGUCACGAUAUCCAUCAAGUUCUAAGCUCGUAACGUCAACGUAAUGACGAAACAAGCAGAGGUGAGACAAUUGCUUCUCAAGUGCUAUGUAUGAUUGCAGAUAACUCAGGUGAUAUGCCAAGCAUGGACCAUUCAUGUUUAUACAAUCUGCGCUGAUCUAUGCUUGAGCUUGACAUCUCCAUUAUGCAAAACUUGGAUUUAGAAUGUUUCUGUGGAUGGAUUUGGGGUGGAAUUUAUGGUGGGCGUUUACUAGGGUUGCAAGAUGUAACCGCCUAAGUCUACUACUAAUAGAUAUUGUUUGCUUUGGCUCAUUACGUAUCGUCAUAAGUCUCCCAGUUUCAAAACGUGUUUGUUAAGGAGAGGUUUUCACAUCCUUACAAGGAUUGCUUUGUUCUCCUCUUCAACCGAUAUGAGAUCUCACAAUUUUUCCUUGGGGCCAGUAUUCUCGUUGGUAAACUGCCCAGUGUUUGGCUCCAAUACCAUUUGUAACAGCUCAAGUCCACUGCUAGCAAAUUUUGCCCACGGUUUUAAAACACAUUUGAUAGGGAGAAAUUUCCACACUCUUACAAGGAAUACUCCGUGCGAUCACACAAAAGAACACAAGCAUAGGUGAAUGGUGUAUGGACACUCUCACACGUUGAUGCUGUCCGAGGAACGGAGUUCAAAUUAUUAAUAUUUUAGGUAAGAAAAAUGUAGGUAAAUUGUUGAAUUUUGAUGAAUUAAAUAAAUUUUAUUAUAGAAUGAAUGAAAUGGACAGAGUGCCUACCGUCCAAAAAUGAAAUUAAAUAUGAUGUGUAGUAAAAUAACGACAUGUCGAGUUUCUUUAAUAGAAGAGAUUCUUGUUUGGUAGUGAGUGGACCCACUCUAUAAAUAAUGUUCUUAAUGAUUUGAGGCUCUUAUUAUAAGGGUGAAGCAUUGGGAAGAAUUAUAUGGUAUAGUUGUCCAUGCGAGCUUAAUUUAGGGAUAAUUGAUAUAUACUAUUUUAUUUGA